AUAACAUGUCUUCCGACGACGCUGACCUCGGUGGCCUUGGUCCAACAACUCCAGCUCCUCCUCCUAAAGCUGCAAUCAGUAAACGUAAUGUUAGAUCCACAAAACAACAUGGUCAACCAAAUGCUGGACCUUCCAAACAUGCGGCACGGAAGGGUGGAAGGACACGACAAAUCAGCAUGGACUUCGAUUCUAUCAUAGAUGUUGAUCAUGGCGAAGGGAUCGACGAAUUUGCAUCCGUGCAGACGGAAUCCAUGAUGCCACAACACCAUAGAAAACCUUCGGCUGCAGCUGACAAUUCGAACGCCAGGCAACAGAAUGCCAUUAAGAACGAUAAGGGGAAACAAAGAGCAACUUCACGUUCGCGGGGAACACGAAGGCAGCCUCAGCCAGAAGUUCAGAUUAUCGAAGAUUCAGAUAUCAACGCUGAAGUUCAAGAGGACGAAGAUGAAGAUUCGCUGCCACGGAGUCUAGCACAAGCCAUUAACAAAUCUACAGCACCGACCCAAUCACAUCCACAACAACCUGUAAAAGACUCAGCAUUCCUUCGUGAACGUAAGCGUGCCGAUGAAGCAGAAACGCGAUGUCAGGAACUGCUAAACCAACUGGAGGAAAUUUACCGAUUGAGACAUACUGAACCCGAGAAGCUGCUGGAGGAAGUACAAGAGCAACACCAAGCUGAAAUUGAGGCCAAAGACAAGUUAAUCCAGGAAUUGAAUUCUGCACUUGCAAGAGUCGAACCUCUUUCAAAGUCUGGGAAGACCUCUGUCAUUCACCUUUUGACUAGAGAAGCGGCGGAUGAAGAGAAGAAGUCUGUUCAACAAGAAGUCGCUAGGUUGAAGGCGGAACUUGUACAGAAGGAUAUCGUGAUAAAAGAGAAGGAUAAAAUGAUGUCUGAAAAGGAAACCAUUGAACGGGAACUCAAGUAUGAGUUGCAAAUAGAACGGGAAAAUGCACAGAAGGAUCGGCUGCCUGGAUCUGUGCAGAGAGGACGAGGAGGCGUUUUGGGCUCGGAUGAUCCGAAGAACACUGAAGUCAUCAAGUUUUAUGAGGAUCUGACCAACUUGCUCGUAACUAAUAUGAAGCCUACCCCUGGAAAAUCUGGCAAAGAUGAAUGGAGUUUGACCUGUAUCUAUAGCUAUGUGGGCGAAGGGGAUGAUCCUUUAUCGAAGAGUGUCAACUUUUCGCUACGGAGCUCUCAUGACUCCAAAACUGCGGAAGGAGUCGGGAGCGAGUCUCGAACAAUGUUCUUUGUCCCACAAUCUCUGGAGAAAGAAACACCUGAUUUCAUUCAGAAAUUGGGAUUCCUAGGUACUUCGUUCUCCUUUCCAAGAUCACAGUUACCUUUGUUCCUACGUACCAUCUAUACCACGAUCGGAGAUGCUCUUGCAGACGAUGACGUUGAGGUGUUGGAAUCUUAG